AUGAGGGAUAGUGUGGAUGUUUCAGAGGUAUCCAAAGGCUACUACUUGGAUAGUGUGAUGCAGGGGAAUCAUACCUCCUUGGAAGACUUCAUCCUUGAAGGGCUCUUUGAUGACUCUCUCACCCACCUUUUUCUUUUCUCCUUGACCAUAGUGGUUUUCCUUAUUGCAGUGAGUGCCAACACCGUCACCAUUCCCCUCAUCUGUGCUGAUCCUUGGCUUCACAUGACGAUGUAUUUCCUGCUCAGCCAGCUGUCCCUCAUGGACCUGAUGCAUGUCUCCACUACUAUCCCCAAGAUGGCUACCAACUACCUAUCUGGCAAGAAAUCCAUCUCCUUCGUGGGCUGUGCAACCCAGCACUUCCUCUAUUUAUCUGUGGGCAGUGCUGAGUGUCUUCUUCUAGCUCUCAUGUCCUAUGAUUGCUAUGUUGCCAUCUGUCAUCCACUGCGUUAUACUGUUCUCAUGAACAGAAAGUUGGGAGUGAUGAUGGCUGUCAUAUCAUGGUUGGAAGCAUCCAUGAACUCCCUAAUUCACACAGUGAUUUUGAUGCACUUGCCUUUCUGUACUAUGAUGUCAUCAGAGUCCCUGGUGAGCAUCCCCAAGGACCAUCCCAGUCUGAAGCAAAGGAUCCUCUCAACUGUGUCAAUAAGCCAAGUUCAUGCGACAAUUGACAGUUAUGGCAUCAUAGGAUUUGGGUAUGACAUGACAGUCAUAAAGUUUUAG